AUGUCAGUAGGUAGACUCCCCUCCAAAGCUGACGACAGGGAGACCAAGAGGGCUAGGGGGAUGGCCACGCCCCUAAUCGGAUUCUCGGAUGAGGAUAAACUGGGAACCCUCCAACCCCACGACGAUGCCCUAGUUGUCACGCUUAAGAUCGGUGGAUACGACGUUAAGAGGGUGCUAGUCUAUCAGGGCAACGCCGUGGAAGUGAUGUAUCUCGACUUGUACAAGGGGUUGAACCUGAAACCGGAGGACUUAACAGCAUACGAUUCCCCAUUAGUGAGUUUCGAGGGAAAAACCGUCACUCUAAAAGGCAUGAUUAGGCUACCUAUACAAAUAGACUCGGACGUGGUGGAGGUGAACUUCAUAGUGGUAGACGCAUACUCUCCCUACACCGCCAUCGUAGCCCGACCGUGGCUCCACGUCCUAGGGGCUGUGUCAUCAACCUUACACUAA